AUGGAGCCCGCCGGCCCGGCCCCCGGCCGCCUCGGGCCGCUGCUCUGCCUGCUCCUUGCCGCGUCCUGCGCCAGGCCAGGAGUGACAGGUGAAGAACUGAAGGUGAUACAACCUGAGAGGGUGUCGGUCGCAGCUGGAGAAGCGGUCACUCUGUCCUGCUCUGUCUCUGCUCUGGUUCCCGUGGGACCCAUCCAGUGGUUCAGGGGGACUGGGCCAGAUCGGCAGUUAAUCUACAGUUUCAAAGGAGGCCUAGACCCCAUUCGCCUCUUCCCCCGGGUGAGAAAUGUUACGGACACCACACAAAGAGGCAACAUGGACUUUUCCAUCCGCAUCACUAACAUCACCCCAGCAGACGCUGACACCUACUUCUGUGUGAAGUUCACAAAAGGAUCCCCUGAUGACGUCGAGUUUAAGUCUGGUGUCGGGACACAGGUGACUGUGAGUGCCAAGCCCUCUGCCCCCGUGGUAUCGGGCCCCUCGGCGAGGACCACACCUGGGCAGACAGUGAGCUUCACCUGCGAGUCUCACGGCUUCUCCCCCAGAGAUGUCACCCUGAAGUGGUUCAAAAAUGGGAAUGAGCUCCCAGCCCUCCAGACCAAGGUGGUCCCACCAGACAACAGUGUCUCCUACAACAUCUCCAGCAGGACUCAGGUGUUGCUGACCUCAGAUGACGUCCACUCUCAGGUCAUCUGCGAGGUGGCCCACACUACCUUGCAGGGUUCUCUUCGUGGGACGGCCAACUUGUCUGACACCAUUCGAGUUCCGCCCACCUUGGAGGUUACCCAUCUCCCCAUUGAAGGGAACCAGGUGAACGUCACCUGCCAGGUGAAGAAGUUCUACCCCAAGAACCUACAGCUGACCUGGUUGGAGAAUGGAAAUGUGUCCCGAACAGAUUCAGCCUUGGUCCCCACCGAGGACAAGGACGGGACCUAUAGCCUGAAGAGCUGGACCCUGGUGAACUCAUCUGUCCACAGGGAGGAUGUGGUGCUCACCUGCCAGGUGGUGCAUGACGGGCAGCCAGCAGUCACCAAAAACCAGACCCUGAAGGUCACUGCCCCCCCGAAGGACCACAGCACAGAGUCAACCUCUGAUGAUCCUGACCAGAACAAGAAGAUCUUUAUUGCAGUGGGCGUGGUAUGUGCCUUGCUGGUCGCCCUGCUCAUUGCAGCCCUCUACCUCCUCCGAAUCCGACAGAAGAAAGCCAAGGGCUCCACCUCUUCUACAAGGUUGCAUGAGCCCGAGAAGAAUGCCAGAGAAGUAACCCAGAUCCAGGAUACAAACGACAUCACCUAUGCAGACCUGAACCUGCCCAAGGGGAAGAAAUCUGCGCCCCGGGCCGCUGAACCCAACAAUCACACGGAGUAUGCCAGUAUCCAGACUGGCCCGCCACCUGGACCAGAGGACACCCUCACCUACGCCGACCUGGACAUGGUGCACCUCAACCGGGCCUCCAAGCAGCCCACCCCCAAGCCUGAGCCCUCCUUCUCAGAGUACGCCAGCGUCCAGGUCCAGAGGAAGUGA